UGAAAUUAGAACACAGGGUUUAACGCAGCAGCAAAAUUGCUCUACCUGCAAGAAGGGUUUAAGCUUUUUCAAUCCUAAUUACACACAGUCCACACACAGAUUUGAGAGUAAAGAGAAAAUGGGGACGAUGAAAAGGAUGGUGAAGAAAGGAUCGUUAAUUAGUGAAAUGGGGAUCGUCAAAGGCGGCGGCAACAUAAAUUGGUUCCCCGGCCACAUGGCGGCUGCCACUCGGGCAAUCCGCGACCGCCUCAAAGUCUCCGACCUCGUCGUCGAAGUUCGCGACGCCCGCAUACCAUUGUCAUCUGCAAACCAAGAAUUGCAGAGUAUGCUGGCAGGAAAAAGGCGGGUCAUUGCUCUCAAUAAGAAAGAUUUGGCGAACCCCAACAUCAUGCAUAGAUGGAUUCGCUAUUUUGAUUCAUGCAAGCAAGAUUGUCUUUCAAUAAAUGCACACAGCAAAAGUUCCGUUAAAAAGCUUCUUGAUCUUGUGGAGUACAAAUUGAAGGAGGUUAUCUCAAGGCAGCCCACUCUCAUAGUCAUGGUGGUUGGUGUUCCCAAUGUCGGCAAAUCAGCUCUAAUUAAUUCCAUCCAUCAAUUAGCAUCAAUUCGAUUUCCAAUGCAGGGGAGGAAUAAGCGAGCCACGGUGGGACCCUUACCUGGAGUCACUCAAGAUAUUGCUGGAUUCAAGAUUGCACAUCAACCUAGUAUAUACGUUUUGGAUACACCGGGAGUAUUGGUUCCAAGUAUUCCAGACAUAGAAACCGGGUUAAAGCUAGCUGCUGCAGGUUCUGUUAAGGAUUCUGUAGUAGGCGAAGAAAGAAUUGCACAGUACUUACUUGCAGUUUUGAACACGAGAGGCACUCCUCUACAUUGGAGGCGCUCUAUGAGUAGAGAAAGCGAAGAUAAUAAUCAUCUCGGUAAUGAAGACAAACCCACCUUUAGUCUUAAAGAUCUCUUGCCGAAGAAGAAUAGCCCUCCUAUUAAUAAAUCUAAUAUUCACUACAUUGAGGAUAUAGUUAGUAAUGUUCAAGGGGCACUUUGUGGGACUUUGUCUGAAUUCAACGGAAACAUUGAAGAUGAAAGUGAGUUGGGGAGCCUUAUAGAACAGCAAUUUGAAGCACUGCAAAAAGCACUAAAGAUACCACAUAGAGCUUCCGAGGCUCGUACUAUGAUAUCUAAGAAGUUUCUUACACUUUUCAGAACGGGCAAACUAGGUCCGUUUAUCCUUGAUGAUGUCCCUAUUGACGCCAAUGAAUCUCUUCUUAAUCCUCGUACGUAAACCGCAUUUUGUCUAAUUUACUUUUUCCCCCUUUAUUGUUGAUCGAAGUCGUAUGUAAUGUAACGCUUGCUAACGUGCAAACUUUUAAGAUUUAUUAUGAAUGUACAAUCUGAUAUCGGUGGUCGAAUAAUACAUAGGGUAUCAAAAUUGAAUUGCAAAA